AUGAGAAAUUUGAACGUUUCUGAAGAAUUACUGUGGGAGCUGUUUGUUCAAGCUGGCCCUGUUGUGAAUGUGUAUGUUCCCAAAGAUAGAGUGACAAACCUUCAUCAAGGAUAUGGAUUUGUUGAAUUCCGUAGCGAAGAGGACGCUGAUUAUGCAAUCAAGGUGCUUAAUAUGAUCAAACUUUACGGGAAGCCAAUACGUGUAAAUAAGGCAUCCCAAGAUAAAAAGAGCUUGGAUGUAGGGGCAAACCUUUUCGUUGGAAAUCUUGAUGUUGAUGUGGAUGAGAAACUCCUCUAUGAUACAUUCAGUGCAUUUGGAGUCAUAGUUACAAAUCCUAAGAUAAUGAGAGACCCCGAAACUGGAAAUUCCCGUGGAUUUGGCUUCAUUAGCUAUGAUUCCUUUGAGGCAUCUGAUGCAGCUAUUGAGGCAAUGAAUGGCCAGUAUCUAUGUAAUCGUCAAAUAACAGUGUCAUAUGCAUAUAAGAAGGACACUAAAGGGGAGCGUCAUGGUACUCCAGCAGAGAGAGUUUUGGCUGCAAGCAAUCCUACUUCAAAGAGCAGGCCUCAUACACUGUUCGCUAGUGGCCCCCCAACACUUGCCAAUGGUCCUCAGUCCAAUGGUACCAUGGGUGCUCCAGUGCCUCCACGACCUUUUGCAAAUGGUGGUGUUGGUCUUCCUCCACUACGCCCACCACCCCCUCAAGGUAUGGCGUUCCCACCCAUGCAGAUGAGUGUACAACCAGCCUGGCAGGGUCAGCCACAGCAACCAGGUCAAAUGCCUCCACCGCAAAUGCAACAGUUCAGACCUCCUCCUCCAAACAUGCCACAACCCCCUCCACAGGGUGCUCCAGCUCCUCCAAGGUCUCUUCCACCACCUAUGGCCAUGGGAAACCAACAACCUAUGUGGCGACCACCCCCACCUCAAAUGAGGCCCCCAAAUAUGCAACACGCAUCAAUGCCCCCACCUCCUCCCCUCAAUAACCCUCCACUACCGCCCCCUAUGAGUUGA